AUGAUCUUAUCGGAGCCACUUCAGAUCGGUGUGAUAACGAGAGCGAGCAGAAUCGGCGGUAGCGGCAACUUAGGUCUCCUCAUCUCUUCUUACAGAGACGACAUACCUUGGGGAUACUUGUGA